CUGCGAGCUGUCCUGGGCCGCCGCCGCCAAUCCGGAGUGGGCAGCGCCGGGUCCCCUUGUCCCAGCCGCUCCGGAGAGCCGCACCUCGUCCCCCAAGCGAUUUCCCCAUCCCCUUCCCCGCAGCGUUAAGGGCUCGUUCCCCGUUACCCUCGGGGGCUCCGUGAGCCGGCAUGCUGGCUCUCCUGGCUGGGCUGCUGUUCUCCCUCGCCUCCGGGGCCAGCUGGCGGGGAGUGAGGGGCCAGGAGAGCCCCCCGGGGAGCCGCUUCGUGUGCACUUCCCUGCCGCUGGACGCUGCCCCCUCGGGCUGCCCGCUACCCCCGGUCCCCAUGCAGGGGGGCGCCCUCCCUUCCGAGGAGGAGCUGAAAGCCACCGUGCUGCAGCUGCGGGAGACCAUCCUGCAGCAGAAGGAGACCAUCGGCAACCAGCGGGAGACCAUCCGGGAGCUGACCAGCAAGCUGAGCCGCUGUGAGAGCUCCCCCGGCCCCGACGGCAAGCCCGGGACUGGAGGGUGGAGGAAAGAGUUGCCCAAAGGCAAAGACACCAUGGGGGACCUGCCCCGGGACCCCACUCAGGUCAUCGACCAGCUGAGCCGGACCAUGCAAACGCUGAAGGACCGGCUGGAGAACCUGGAGCACCAACUUCGAGCCAAUGUGUCAUAUGCAGCCCUGCCUAAUGAGCUUCGAGAGAUGCUUCAAAGGAGGCUUGGAGAUCUAGAGCGCCAGCUUUUAAGCAAAGUGGCUGAACUUGAGGAUGAGAAAUCCUUGCUUCAUAAUGAAACUUCAGCCCAUCGGCAAAAGACAGAAACAGCCCUGAGUGCAUUGCUAGAAAGAGUUUCUGAAUUAGAAAAAGGAAGCAGUGCAUUUAAAUCACCGGAUGAAUUCAAGGUCGGUCUACCUCUUCGCACAAAUUAUUUAUAUGGGAAGAUCAAGAAGACUCUGCCAGAGUUGUAUGCAUUCACUGUGUGCUUGUGGCUGAGGUCGAGUGCUUCUCCUGGAAUUGGAACACCAUUCUCCUACGCUGUCCCUGGGCAGGCUAACGAAAUUGUUCUGAUAGAGUGGGGCAAUAAUCCAAUCGAAUUGCUAAUUAACGACAAGGUUGCCCAGCUUCCUCUGUUCAUUAGUGAUGGAAAGUGGCAUCAUAUUUGCAUCACGUGGACCACUAGAGAUGGAAUGUGGGAGGCUUUUCAGGAUGGAGAGAAACUUGGCACUGGGGAAAACUUAGCCCCUUGGCACCCAAUUAAACCCGGAGGGAUUCUGAUUUUGGGUCAGGAGCAGGACACGGUUGGAGGAAGAUUUGAUGCAACUCAAGCCUUUGUUGGGGAGAUGAGCCAGUUCAAUAUAUGGGACAGGGUCUUAAAAGCAGAAGAUAUCAUGAAUAUUGCUAACUGCUCUACCAACAUGCCUGGAAACAUCAUACCCUGGGUUGAUAACAAUGUUGAUGUAUUUGGAGGUGCAACUAAAUGGCCUGUGGAGACAUGUGAAGAGCGUUUGCUAGAUUUAUAGCUACAAUCAUUUUUCUAUUUAAGUGCCCCAUUUUAUUAGGACAAUUUCUUGUAAGGUCUGUCACACUUAUUUCCCCACCAAAUGA